AUGGCCGAGCCCUUCUUCCUCAACUGCGAAGUAGUAGAGGAAGUCAAAGAUUUCCGGUACCUCGGGGUGUAUUUCUCGAGGGAUGGAAAAAGUGGGAAAGGAGAUCGACGACAGGAUGGGAACGGCAGUCACAUUGAUGCAGACGAGGAACUCGUCUGUGGUCUGAAGGAGCUAAAACUUCAGCUUCCCUCGCAGUGUUCGUGCUCAGGGGCAACUGUGAACUGUGGAGGGAAAAGACUCGCCUCUGUGCCUGCUGGAAUCCCCACCACCACGCGAGAGCUGUGGUUGGGCAGUAAUCAGAUCACGAAGCUCGAGCUAGGGGUGUUUGACAAUCUUACGGAACUGGGGCAGAGCCUGUGGUUGAACGACAAUCAGAUCACGAAGCUCGAGCCCGGGGUGUUUGACCGCCUGGUGAAUCUGAAGAAGCUGUGGUUAGAAAGCAACCAGCUGACAUCUCUCCCCGCUGGGGUGUUUGACAAUCUCACCCAGCUCACUCGCCUGGCUCUGAGAACCAAUCAGCUGAAGAGUGUUCCCAAGCGGGUGUUUGACAGUCUAACGCAGCUCACGUAUAUGGAUCUUGGUGGCAAUCGGCUGCAGGCCCUACCCGAGGGGGUGUUUGACCGCCUGGUGAAUCUGCAGUGGUUGGCUCUGAACGACAAUCAGCUGAAGAGCGUUCCCAGGAGCGCGACUGGCGGUGGAGCUAGCCUGUGGUUGAACGACAAUCAGAUCACGAUGCUCGAGCUGACCUUUCUCCCCGCUGGGGUGUUUGACAAUCUCACCCAGAUCACUCGUCUGGCUCUGAGAACCAAUCAGCUGAAGAGUAUUCCCAAGCGCGAAUGGCUUACAGCCGAGUCCCUGACGAGUUGA